CUAUUCCUAACUCUUUCACUUUCCAUCCUGGCUGUUCCAAAUUGUUAGCUCUGUUGUGGCAGGAUUCAAAAAGACAGGUUCUGCUUUGCGCCUAGGAUAAGCUCCCCGUUCCUUUCCUUUCCUUUCGCGGCCUGGGUUUGUGUGGGUUUUACACCUUGGUGAGAAGGACAAAGCUGCAGUGAAUAUGGAUACAAGCAGUGAAAUCUCAGAGAUGGACAGGGUUGAUUUGGAGCUUGGGGACUUGAUUGAAAUCUUCCGCUUGGCAUACCAGCACUGGGCGAUCUAUGUGGGGAACGGUUAUGUCAUCCAUCUGGCUCCACCAAGUGAAGUGGCCGGAGCGGGCUGUGCCAGCCUCAUGUCCACCCUCACCAACAAGGCCGUGGUGAAGAAGGAACGUCUCUUCCACGUGGUGGGGAGUGAUCGCUACCGGGUCAACAACAAGCACGAUUCCAAGUAUGCCCCGCUGCCCAUUAACAAGAUUAUCCAGCUGGCAGAAGAGAAGGUGGGCCAGGAGCUUGAAUAUAAAGUCACCAGCGAGAACUGUGAACACUUUGUCACCGAACUGCGCUACGGCGUGGCCAGGAGCGACCAAGUGCGAGACUUUUUUGUGGGGGCUACCAUUGCGGGCCUGGCAGGCUUGUUUGUUGGUGUUGGUACUGCCAUGGUCAGAAGGAAGAAGCAGCAGAACCAGUAAUGAAGAAAAAGCAGAGUCUGAGAGAGUUCUCUGUCUUGUUGGCUUUUCUUGGUUUGUGUCCCUUGUGAGUGUGUGCGUGUGUUAAGUUUCUAAAAACUUGAGCUAUGAUCACCUUAAGAAAAAAAAGGUUAUUUGCAGCUGCUUUCCCAAAUCCCACCCUCUCCUUAACUCCCGGGCUGGAGCAGAAUGCCUAUCCCUUUGGUUUCCAAGUAAAAAUAAGGGGUCCCAGAUGGACUGAGGGACUCUCCACUUAAUCCAGGGUGGACCUUCUGCUUGGGGGGUGAAUGGACUUUGCCUCCCUCCAGAAAAGGCCAGCAUUAAGCAACUUUGAUCAUAUUAAGGCUUAUUGUCUGGCCUCCCAGACUCUGUGGACUGUGCUUCAAAAAGGCGGGGGAUUGAAGGACAAGGAGUUAGGCCCAGCCAGGACAACAGCCAAAUCUGAUUUAAUUUCCACCUGCACAUGCUAUAAUUUAUUUUCACCCGGUUAGCGCAUCUGAUCUCCGUACUUUCUGCUUUAUCUUUUAAAAAUGCAGCUUAGCAUCACAUUCUGGAGAAUCUCAGGGGACCACAGCAAGGCUCUGGAGUUGGCUACAAGUGGCCCAUGAUGUUACAAAUACAGAGGUUUU